UCAAACCGGACAACAUUGUGCGUGUGAAAAUGGGUGGGUGAAAGGAGGAGUUGAGGAAGCCCUAGGUUGUGUGAUAAGGGCAGAUUAGGGCUGUUGUCACUUUGGGCAGUUUUCCUCUCUACAACAGUGACGAGAGUGGGUCUUUCUGGCCUGCAUUUAACGGAGAUGGGAUCCUCUGGUUACCGGUAGAAGAAUCCAAAACUAUUCCCAACGAAGUUGUUUACGAUCUGAGCAGUGUGUACGUCGCGGCGGCGGUAGAAUCGUUCCAUAGCAUUCAGAUUCCGCCGAUGGGUCAGGGGCUGUGGAGGGUGGCCAGGAACCAGCAGUUGCAGCAGGAUUACGGGGACCAGUGGGACGCCGGCGCCGACGGAGAUCCUCAGGAUCUGGGCAUGGAGAUGGGGCCCGCCCCCGGGCACGCCCCCCCGUCCCCAUUGGCCUGGGCCUCCCGGCGCCACCCUCAGCACUGCCAGGGGGCAGAUAUCUAUCAGCUGCUGCGUGCCCGCCGGGGGAAGGAGCAGCCGGGCUUCAUAGACUUGGAGAUGCUUCCUCCGGAGCUCAGCAUCACCAUCCUGUCCUACCUGAACGCCACCGACCUCUGCCUGGCGUCCUGUGUAUGGCAGGACCUGGGCCACGACGAGUACCUCUGGCAGGGGUUGUGUAAGUCCACUUGGGGUCACUGUUCCAUCUACAAUAGAAGGCUUCCCUCUGGCUUCUCCUAUAGACGUCUCUACAUGCAGCUGGAUGAAGGCAGCCUGACAUUCAAUGCUAACCACCAGGAGGGUAUCAGUUACUUCAUGUCCAGGGGCAUUCUCGUGGACCACCCCAAGGAGCUGGCCAAGUUCAUCUUCUGCACGCGCACACUCAACUGGAAGAUGCUAAGGGUGUACCUGGACGAGAGGAGAGACGUGCUGGACGAGCUGGUCACACUGCACAACUUCAGCAACCAGUUUCUCCCCAACGCGCUGAGAGACUUUUUCAGACACAUCCACGCCCCAGAGGAAAGGGGCGAGUACCUGGAGACCCUCAUCACCAAGUUCUCCCACCGCUUCUGCGCCUGCAACCCCGCCCUGGUCCGGGAGGUGGGCCUGAGCCCAGACGCGGUGUACGUGCUCUGCUACUCCCUCAUCCUGCUGUCCAUAGACCUGACGAGCCCGCACGUCAAGAACAAGAUGUCCAAGCGUGAGUUCAUCCGGAACACGCGCCGCGCCGCCCAGAACAUCAGCGAGGACUUUGUCGGCCACCUGUACGACAACAUCUAUCUCAUCGGCCAUGUGGCUGCUUAACCAGGAAGUGUUCGAGGAGCGGGUGAAUGAACAGGCCGGUGAUUGCACUGAAAACAGGCCAGUGAAUGUGCUGACACAGGAAGUGCAGUGUACUACUUCUAAAAGAAGUCAUAGCUGGUCCUUCUAAAAGUUAACCUAGGGUUCUGUUUUGCUAGCGAUGGUGCUUCCAUAGUGGUUGUGAGGCAAGCUGCCCUCUGGUUGUAGAGCCAGUUGGGGAGUGUAGAGAUUGGGCCCGCCCACAGGAAUAGACAUCAUAAGGGGCGGUCCACUGACAGGCUUAUGUAUAUCCAAGUAGCAUACAGCAGCAUAACCAACUACCACCAGCUUAACCACACUGAAGUGUAGCUACAGUUUGUUAAUGAAGUCAAACGCUAUGAAAUCAGCUAGAACUUAAUAUUGUUACAGGAACAGAAAUGCUUUGUCUAUAAUUUUUUUUUUUUUUUGUGAAUUAAUUUAACUAUGAGACUUAUAAGAGAAAUAUUCUGAAUUGCUUUUUAAAUGCUGUUUUUAUUUCAUUUUUUAGAUUGGAAGAAUUUCAAAGAAGGGCUGGUCUGCUUUAAACACUGGUUUUUUUUUUUGUCCCUGACUUUGUGUGAGGAUGGAAUGAACAUAAAUUCUCUAACAGCACAACUUUAAUUAAUCCAACCACUUUUACUGCAUGAGAUUAUUUUCCUUUUAACAGAAGAUCUUCAAGUACUGUUUGUGUCCUUUGAAAAGUAUUUGAAGGGUUGAGUCAUUAACACGUGUCAUUCUCUAAAUUGUUUAUGACCCCAAGGUCCAUAGGAAUCUUGCAGUACGUCCAAAUCCACUUGAGAUUGAUAGUGCUCUCAUCAGCAUGUAUCUCAGUUGGAUCACUAGUGGGUGCAAACUAUUUUGCAACGUGAAAUUUAAAGCAUUUGUUUAUGAUUGAUCCUGUCAAAUGAGUUGCUCGCUGUUAAAAUCAGUUUGGCGCCAAAUGAACCUGUCACUGAUAAUGUAAAAAUUAA